AUGGACCGCGCAAACGGAGCCGGCGCUGGCGCGGCGGCCAGCAGGGCAGAGCGAUUCGAGGAUGAGAAGCGUCGCAUUAUCGAGAGCUGCUUCAACAAAAAGGACCAAGAUGGCUCCAUGAUCGAGACCUACAUUACCCACAUUAGAAUUACCGAGUACUCGACACACCCUACGUCGCCCCCCCCUCCUCAGGCCCGAACGCCAGAUUCCGAGAAGCCUCGAGCUAUAAUCGUUGCUGUACGCCAGUCGGGCCGGGUGCGCAUGCACAAGUCCAAAGAAAACCCCAACGGAACCUUUUCAAUCGGCAAGACGUGGAAUCUGGACGAUCUCAGCCACAUUGAAUCCUACACUGGCCCUCAGGUCAACCCCAACCUGCGAGAGUGGGCUGGAGAGACUGGUUUUACAGUGACUCUGGGCAAACAAUACUAUUGGCAAGCUCAGACAGACAAGGAAAAAAAGUUCUUCGUCGCAAGCUUGAUCAAAAUCUACAGCAAAUAUACCGCUGGCAAGCUUCCUGAGCUCAAUGGUUUUGACCAGAGAGAGCAAGACCAAGUCCUUGGUGCGGGUAGACGCCCGCCUCCGAGACCAAGCGCCCCGCCAGCUCCUCAACCACCCCCCGGACAGGACUCGGCGCCUCCGUCUGUUGCAUCGACACCCUCGGCCGCACCGCGUCAAGCAACUCCCGACUCCUCUAGGUUCCAAAAGGCGCCUUUCCGCCCUCCCCUAAACGGUGCAAACUCCCCAGCCAGCAGUUUUGAAUCCUCAUUCAACAAGGAGCGAUCAGACCGACCACCACCGUCGCGAUGGGCUGCUCAAACCAAUCAAAGCCAGGAGUCCUUGGUAACAUCCAUGUCGGCCUCAGCGCGAAGUGACGACGCCACUAGUCAGCCGCCUAGGUCGCGCAACGGGCCCAAUGUUCCUCCAGUCCCCGGCCGUUUUGGAGAUCCUCGCGACGUCGCAGAACAACCACCCAAUCCGGCGGGCUCCGACGUGCCGCCUCCAGAACGUCGUCGGCCUCCGAUGGAUCCGUCGCGCCCAAUGGAUAGGGAUGUUGUGCCACCACCAUUAAAUAGCCCAAUAACCAAGAAAGAGCCGGCUUACCCACCACCGCGGAGCAGCGAUCGAAAUUCGCCUUCGAAAGGCGCCGCAAGCCGCGCCGUGGAGGGCGAGUUUUCUCCAGAGUCAGCGAAAUCGCCAAGCAUACCGUCCCCAGCAUUAGCCCGUAUUAAGAAUGAAAGUGACUCUAUCACGCUGUCGGACGAAGGCGCACAGUCGCCACCUCCUGUUCCCGCAGAAUCGGCCGAGGAGUCGCGCCCUGGCCUAGGACCCAUGAUCAAAGCGAAGAGGUCGAGAGGCGAUAUUGCUGGUGUAUUGUGGAAAGCUGCUAAUGCUGCUUCCGCCGCAUCGGCGUUCAAACCGCGCCCCGGCGGCGCGGCGGAGAAGCUACGAAUGGCGGCCCCGCAGAAGACGAGCGAAGGCCCCGAUGGUAUUACUGGCGUGGUUCCUGCGCCCCCGAGACCAGUUUCAAGAGAUCAACGGCCGGAGACCCCCCAACCUGGGCCAGCAACCCCUAGCGGUGCACCCGCUGCAGCUCCCUCUCCUGCACCCACUGCACCCGUGCCAACACCUCUGGAGCCCACCGUACCUGAGGUGACGAUCACCCCUACGCCACAAUCUGUGGUAGAACCACAGCCACUCAAGAAGGAAGGUCCCAGUGAAGCUGCCAUCAAAAUCGCUGAAGAAGCAGCCAAGGAUAAGGCAGCUCGAGCGGUUGCGGCCGGUAACGACUCUAGAUAUCUUCAAGCCCUGGGAGUCAACCCAUCAGUCCUUGAUGGGCGAAGUCAAGAAUUUGGCAAAUGGUUGGAUUAUUUUGGCUGGGUGCCGGGCGACAAAAUGCGCUCGCACAAUGUUGAGGAAUUGAAGGUCGACAUUGACAGGGAGCUGAAUAAAGCACAAGCUGGUGGCUGGCUUGCUCGAUUUCGCGAGGAAGAUGAACGUGUACACGCGAUCAAAGAAGGCGUGGAUCUGGCCAUUUCUGAAUGUGAAGAGCUGGAUAAUCUCCUCACUCUAUACUCUGUCGAGCUUUCGACAUUGUCAGACGACAUUGCCUACAUUGAAGCACAAGGCCAGGGUCUGCAGGUGCAAACUGCUAACCAGAAGCUACUCAAGAAAGAGCUCGAGUCCCUUCUCGAAACAUGUGCAAUCACAAGCGAUGAUCUUCAAGCUCUGCAUCUCGCACCGCUGGACAAUCUCCGCGGCCUGGAAGAGGCAGAGGCAUCCCUCGUUGUACUUUUCAAGGCGAUGCUCAAGAUCGACCCGAAAUCAAAAGACAAGACUGGAGACGAAGACGCUCGAAUCGACCAAGAAUCUAGCCUCAACAGCAACUAUGGCCAAAUGCGUAUUGUACAAGAAAAGAAGCAGAUGUACCUGCAACAGAGCGGUCUUUUCAUGCGCCGUCUCGUCGAAUUUAUGGCAAGACAAUUUGAUACAGCGCAUGCGGAAACAAAGCGUGCACUGGAUGGUGCCCUAUCGAAGAAGGGCGACACUAGCCACCACAAUGCUGGAAGAGAGCUUAUCUGGAAGUAUAGCCCUUUGAUGCUCUAUGCAAGAGAUGUUGAUCUCGAAAACUGGAAUCGCCUCCUUCAAAUAUACCAGGAUAAGAGCCAGCCGCUUUAUAAGACCGAGUUUCAAAAUGUCAUCACGCAUUGGCGUAAGAAUGCUAGGAAGAUGACUGGCGACGAAGCCGAAAUGUUGUUCACGUCGCAAGCUGAGAAGCAACAGGAAGGCGUUGCUACAGCAGCAAGAAAACUGACAGUUAAGAGAAGUCAAACAUUGGCUAGAGCUCUACGAUCACCGCUCGCAGAUGGCGCUUCGCGCGCUGUCGAGAAGAGCCCUGGGGAGGGCCGUACCAUGCCAUUCGAGGUCUUUGGUGCCGUCCUGGACGAUCUUCUCCCACUCGUUGAGAUGGAGCAGAAUUUCAUUAUUGAUUUCUUCCACGCAACGACGUUGGAGUCGCUCGACUUCGCUGACACGGUGGCGGCGACACCCCCUCAUAGUCGCCGUGGCGGUGAUUUAAAACGUCAUCGGCUUAUGGAACCUAAUCGCGAGCUGGGACGUCGGGUGACACGUUCCAUGGAAACUAUAUUUACCUUCUUGGAAGCUGAGAUCCAACGUCUGAUGGAGUGGGUUCUCGGCCAAUUUCCAUUACAAGGUGCGGGAGUUCUCGCGGUUCUCGAGAAGAAGAUGUACGAUCUCAGCCAAACAAACCAGGAAUUCCUCAAUACCACGUUGCAGAAAGUGCACGGUUUGCUCGAAGGCCACUUCGUCAAGUUCGUUAGCGAGCAGAUCCGGGCGAUUGAGGAUACCAAGGUCAAGAUCAACAAGCGCAAAGGCGUCAUCUCCUUUAUCCGCGUGUUCCCAACCUUCCUCACGGCAGUCGAGAACAUGAUUGAUGGGUCGGAUCCAAACCUGCCUCUGCGUCGCAUGACUAAUCGCCAAUAUGAUCGAAUCUUAAAGUCAAUGUUUGACUCGCUCAUGGUCAUUGCCCGCGAAGAUCCAACUGGUGCUGCUGCCGCCGGCUCAGCGGACCCCGAAGGCAAGGAGGCUCUCAAUUUCCAUAUCUUGUUGAUCGAGAAUAUGAACCAUUUCCUUGAGGAGACGGACUCUCGGGGCUUGGACGUGCUUGAAAGCUGGAAAGACCAGGCAAAUACCGAGUACCAUGAGCACAUGGAGCUGUAUCUCAAUGCAGUGAUGCGGCGGCCGCUAGGCAAAUUGCUCGAUCACCUCGAGAACAUUGAGGCGCAGAUUCAGACUGGCAAGUCGCCUACUGCCAUUGCCAAGCAGCCGUCCAAUAGCCAGGCCGUCUUUGCCAAGGUGCUCAGCAUGUUCGAUGCCAAAGACCUCCGCAAAGGCAUCGACGCGCUGCGCAAGCGUGUCGAGAAGCACUUUGGCGAUGCUGAUGAGCCUACACUCAGCCGCGGCCUCGUCAUCAAGGUGCUGACCGAGUGCGAGAACUUUUACGGCAAGGUCGAAACGAGGAUUGGCAGUGUAACGACCAAUGUCUACGGAGGCGACGUGCCGUUUGAGUGGCCUAGAGCGGAUGUCAAGGCAGCCUUCCGAGACAAGUGA